AUGUUGUAUAAUUAUAAUAAGGGGAUAUGUGUAGGGUUGGAUUAUUCUGGUCCGGUUCAACAUCCCACCAUAAAUAAUCUUAAAUCUCAAUUGCAUAUAUUUGAUGAAUAUCUAGUUGAAAACUUCCACAGCUUAGUCCGAAAGAAUACAUCUGGAAAAGUGACAGCUGGAGAAUGGUUAAGGCAAAUUUGGAUUAAUCAAGGAAAGGCAGAAAGAAGAAUAGAAGAAGCAAGAAUCAAAAAAAUAUACUAUUAUAUUCCACCAUUUGCUAAAAGAUUACCUAUUGAAGCGCUACCCAUGGCUAUAGUUCUUUUCACACACAAAUUCAAGACCAAUUUUGUGAUUACUUUGGGAUCAAAAUGCAUCUAUUGCUAUGAAUAUUUAUCAUCAUCUAUUGAUAAAUUAACAAGAUCAUUUAAUGAACGCUUACAAAUAGAAUCUGACAUUGAGAAUGAAUUCGACAUACCAUCUUCUGAUGAUAUUUCACUUGAACAGGCAGAAAAAGUCGAAUGUAACAAUAAUAAAGAUAUAGAUAAUAAACUAGAAGAAACAAUUUCAGUUAUGGAACUACUUAAAGAAACUUUUGAGGAUGAGCGAAAAUUUGAAAAUUUUAUACAAGACGUUUCUAGUACCUUACACUCCUUACAGAGAUUACCAACAAAGAAUUCCAAGACGUCAGAAUGGGAGUCCAAAAUGUUUGGAAAUGAAUAUAAACAGAGUGACAAUCCCAGUUGCCACUAUAUGGAAUGCUCUUGCCCUCUUCUAUACGAUCAACAUUGGCAAACCUCUGAAAUAUUUGACUUCUCUCAAUCAGCAGACAAAAUGGCUGUUUUAACAUCAAAACGAGUUGUUGAAGUGGAUAAUGAUUUUAGAGCCAAUACCCAAGGACCUGUUACUCAAGAACCUGCCACUCAAGAAACAAUAAUGGCCGACAGUAAUAAGUGUAUCAUGGAAGUCGAAGUGCCAGAAAAUUGUAAAGUCCUCAUUCAGAGCAUCGCUAAUAGGAAACAAGAGUGCCAGAAAACAAUUAAUAAAGCCACAUCAGAAAGUCAAUUUAGAGAAUUAUCAUCUCUUUCCUCAGAAUGCGAAUGGGAAUUUGAAAAAGAAUCAGAAGCCCUGGCAGUUAGGGUGUUGUGCCAAGAUGUGCACAUUGUUCCAACUAGCAUCACAGAAACCCAAGCUACCAAUCAAAACACAUGCAAUAAUGACAACAACACAAGAAAUGCAACCAAUUUGCAUGAAUUGCCUCAUGAUCAUGAACCACAGCAAGAUCUGGUUUCACUUCUUAAGUUACUAAAUAAUAAAUAUCCAUAUCGCAUUGAAACAAACAAAAAUGUUUUGACUAAUGUUGAGAUCCGACUCUUUGCUGGAAUGUAUGGCAUUACUGAUUUUCAUCUCAUUCUUGUAACAUGUGAUUCUUCAGUCUUUUGGCUAGAAGAUCCUGACAGCAUCAUUUAUUUUUGGUCUCGCAUAGAUGAUAGCAUGAUACGCGGAGGAAAUAAUCUGAAAGAUGCUUUAACAAAUUAUCUUUUUCAUCAGGAAAAUCUUUAUUAUGUUGAUGAGAUUACUCAUGAAUUGGUACCAAUAAAUGCAUAUGAUAAAGAAGCUGAAGAAUGGGCAAAAUCACCCGAAGCUUAUUUUGAUAUUGAUGAAAUUAAGGCAUCACUAAAGUAUGAAUCAAAAAUGGGUGGAAAAAGGAAACAACAAAAAAAGAAAAAGAAAAAAAAGAAAAAAAAGAAACAUUGA